GAGGCGCCCUCAGGCAGCGGUCCAAGGUCUCGGCUCCCCUCGCCCUCCCCCCUUGGAGCGUGUACGGGGAGCGCGGAGAAUGGGACCAAACUGCUGGCGCGGCCAGACAGGUGUCUCGGGGUCGCCGCCGGGGCCGGGAACGUGGGGGGCUCCUGAGGAAGGCGCGGGGCGCUUCCUGUUCCCGGCGCCUGUGCGAACUGCCCUCGGGGCUGCCUGCCUACCGGGCCACUAUUUUGUUGACAUGUAGUCUCCCCUUGGUGGUGGGUCCUUUUUGCCCUCGCGCACCCCUUCCCUCGGGCGCGCCGCCUGCCGUCGGGUGGCGAAAGCGAGUCGCGGGCUGCGCCCCGUGUCGCCGCCGAACCACUUAGCGGUCCUGCCCUGCCGGGCCCUCCCUGCCGCCCUCCUACCUGUGGGUCGAGCGGGACGCGGCGCUCAGGCGUGGGCACCUUCCGCGAGAGCCGCGGGGCCGCCGCGCCGCCGGAGCGCCCAGCGAGCAGGCGCCUUCCACAAGUGCCAGGGGACGACUUCCUCGGGGCUCUCUUGGAUCAUCAGAAAUACACUUUCGGGAAAUGGCCUCUAAAUCUUGGUUGAAUUUUUUAACCUUCCUGUGUGGAUCAGCAAUUGGAUUUAUUUUAUGUUCUCAGCUAUUCAGUAUAUUGUUGGGAGAACAUGGUGACACCCAGCCUAAUAUUCUUCAUAAUGAUCCUCAUGCUGGGCAUUCAGAUGAUAAUGGACAGAAUCACCUAGAAGGACAGAUGAACUUCAAUGCAGAUGCUAGCCAACAUAAAGAUGAGAACACAGACAUCGCUGAAAACCUCUAUCAGAAGGUUAGAAUUCUUUGCUGGGUUAUGACAGGGCCUCAAAAUCUAGAGAAAAAGGCCAAACACGUUAAAGCUACAUGGACCCAACGUUGUAAUAAAGUUUUGUUUAUGAGUUCAGAAGAAAAUAAAGACUUCCCUGCUGUGGGAUUAAAAACCAGAGAAGGCAGAGACCAACUAUACUGGAAAACAAUUAAAGCUUUUCAGUAUGUUCAUGAUCAUUAUUUAGAAGAUGCUGAUUGGUUUAUGAAAGCAGAUGAUGAUACCUAUGUUGUAGUAGAUAACUUGAGAUGGCUUCUCUCAAAAUACAACCCUGAAGAACCCAUUUACUUUGGGAGAAGAUUUAAGCCCUAUGUAAAGCAGGGCUACAUGAGUGGAGGAGCAGGAUAUGUACUGAGCAAAGAAGCCUUGAAGAGAUUUGUUGAUGCAUUUAAAACAGAAAAAUGUACGCAUAGUUCCUCCAUCGAAGACUUAGCCCUGGGGAAAUGCAUGGAAAUCAUAAAUGUAGAAGCAGGAGAUUCCAGAGAUACCAUUGGAAGAGAAACUUUUCAUCCCUUUGUACCCGAACACCACUUAAUCAGGGGUUAUCUACCUAAAACCUUUUGGUACUGGAAUUAUAACUACUAUCCUCCAGUAGAGGGUCCUGGUUGCUGUUCUGAUCUUGCAGUUUCUUUUCACUAUGUUGAUCCUACAACUAUGUAUGAGUUAGAAUACCUCGUUUAUCAUCUUCGUCCAUACGGUUAUUUAUACAGAUAUCAACCUGCCUUACCUGAAAAUAUACUAAAAGAAAUAAGUCGAGCAUACAAAAAUGAAGAUCCAAAAGUAAAAUUGGGAACCCUUGAAAGAAAAGCAUAAAUGAACCAGAGGUAACAUGUCUGGCACUGCACUGAAGAAGAACUUCUGCUUUUCUGAUAUGGAACACUGGAAUCCCAGUGAGGAAUUCUUUCUAAGUGAACAUUGCAUAUUAAUAAUAUUUCAUAUGAAUGACUGUAAAUGGAAGCUUUAAGUGAGCUGUGAAGUCUCUUAAAAUGUGUUUUGAUACAGUAAUAUAUAUGUAAGAACUUGUGUUUUUAAAAUGAUGGCCAGGCAGAGGGACUAGAAAAGAGAUGUUGCUGUCUGUUCCUGACCACAUGUAUUAUUUUCACUGAGAAACUAAAACAGAUUUGCUGAAACUACACUGCACCAUGUUAGUAAUACACAUGAUGCUAAACAGAUUUGCCUUAAAGAAAAUUUUAGAAGGAAAUAUUGUUGCUCAGUGUUGUUUAUAAACUCAAGAUAGGAGUUUACAUUUGCAGUGUGAUAUAAAUGAACCAAACUCCCCACCCCAACUCCACACACAGUUUUUAUCUAAUGAAAAUUUUGUUGUGACUAAUUGGUAGUAUUUCAUCCCAGAAGAAGGUAGAAUAAGAACGGCACGUGUCCUCAAGUGCAUUAAUAAAACCACAUUUUAAAAUUUCAAUGGCCUUGACUGUAUUAUAUAUUUGGUUCUAAUUAAUAGUUAAUCUUUACUGAGUCCCUGUUGUCUCUUCUCUAAGUAUAUUUGACCAUUCUUGAAUACCAUUGUCAACUAUUUAUUUACCCAAAGCAUUAAUAGCAUUCUAUAAACAUGCAUUUUAAAAUACUUUGUUCCCAAGUUUGCCCGUUCUUUAAUGAUGGGUAACUAAUAAGUAGUAAAUUUAAUGCUAUUUGGGGAUGCUUUUCUUAUAUCAGUGCCAGUCUCAGGAAUUACUAAGUGAUGUUUUUAAUUGAAUUUAAAACUCUUUCCAACUACGUAAUUAUAGUUCUUUUUGUUAUCACCCUGUUGAGAUAUGAAAACUUGUUUGCGCCUUUCAUAACUUGCUUAAAGCAAAAUUUUCAAAUUCAUUUUGGGGUUCUUAGGUGGUAAUUAGUUACACUGGCAAAAUAAUUUGAAUGUAAGAUUUUAGAAUUAAUUAAAAGCAUUAGAAAAUGCAAAGUGCUUAAAUAAACUGAAAUAUGUCCAAUAUUAAAGGACCAAAUACUUAAUUUAUGAAUAACAGCCUGAAUUUUAAUGCUGACUUACUAUUUGGGGAUGAUUGUUUUACCAGUGAAUAAUUCUAACAGAGUAGAAUACCCACUCUAGACUUGUCAAAAACACCAUGCAUAAAAGUUCAGUCUAAAAUUUCAGUGACCUCCUAUUUAAAGAGUUUCUGGACGGAAAAGAAAAUUUAGAAUUUGUGUUAUCAUUAGCAAUAUUAUCUGAGUAUAUCAUAGAAUGUUUUACAGACUUUGUGAAAGGUUACCUUAAACAUUACAAAUUAUUUACUUCUCUUACGUUUGUCAUUAUGCUAAUUUUACCUGGCUGUCAUGCCAUUGACUGUGCUGCUUAGCUAAAUAGUUUUUAUUUAUUGUGCCUAAACAUGUCAAAAAAUGACCUCUUUGGUUGGUAUAUUUGAGAUGUUCAUCUUAGUGGCUAAUUAUGGAUUAUUCUGUCCACAUAGUGAAAAUGAAAAAUCACACCAAUUUUCACCUAUUAAAUUGUUUUUUGUUGUUUUCAUGGUGGUAUCAUCUGCCAAAAUUUCAAGGCAUACAUUCUGUCAUCUGAACCAGCUCUCCACCUUGGUGUGGAUAUGAAUUUAUUUAAAGUCCAUAUGUGAUACUUUUUUUGUACUAGAAGUAUAGUUUUUCUUGAAUAUUCAAAACCUUAAAAUUUAUUCAUAGGAAAUUACUAUUUUGAUGAAUCAUGGGGUCUGGAGUCAGACUGUCUGGGUUUAAAUUCUUACUAGUUUUGUAACCUUGAGAUAUUUACUAAUCUUUCUGUGCCUCAAUUUCCUCAUCUGUGAAUUAGGGACAAUAAUAUUAUCUACCUCAGAAUUUUUAUGAGGACUAAAUGAGUGAAUAUACAUAUGGCUUUUAGAACACUAAGAACACUGGCCCAGACUAUGCAGCAAUAAGCAUAAGAUUUUAUUAUUAUUCUGUUACCUUGAAGUGUAAAUAUUUGUUUUAAAUGAAUGAAAAAAAUGCUUCAGAUAUUGUAGGAAAUAUUCAUACAUUUCUUGUAAUAAGUAAUAGCUAGGUUUUAUUUGAUGCCUACUGUAUGCUAGGUACUGUGCUUAGAUAGUAGUCUGUGUACAUUAAUGUUAAUCAUCACAGUUUGGGUGUUGCUCCCAUAUUAUAGAUGGGAAAACUGAAGCUCAGAGAUAAAAGUAAUUUUUCCACUGUCACAAAGCUAGUAAGUAACAGACAGGAUUUAUUCUCAAAGCCUGUGUAUUCUUUGUACCCACAUCAGGCUUGAAGUUUGUCAUUUAGCAUUAUCUCCAUUUUUACUUACUGACAUGUGUCAUCUGAUACACUGGCAGUAAUUGUUAAAUUAACUAACCUAAUUGUCAUAGUGAUUCUCAAAUUGUGGUUCUUACAUUCUUACUUGGGAACUUGUUAAAGUACACAUUUCAAGACCCCAGUCCCAGGAAUUCCAGUUCUAGCAUGGGGCCCAGGAGAAUGCAUUCUACCACAUGCCCCUGGGCAGUGGUUCUCCAAGUGUGGUCCCAACCAGCAGUGUCAGCAUCUCCUGGGAGCCUGUUGGAAAGGCAGCCUCUCCUACACCCUGCCCUAGACCUCCUGAAUCUGAAACUUUUGGGGUGGAGGCUAGCAGUUAGGUUAAAACAAGCCCUCGCUCCACUUGAGUCUUACUUGUGUAAGUUUGAAAACCUUUGCCCUAAGACCUAAGUGAUUCUGAUGUAAAUCACCCUUGGAACUCUCUGAGGAAUACUGCCCAUAAUUAAGGUAUCAUUCACAGAUUUUGAUAAUGCAUGUUUCAAAUCAGUGUCAUCCACGAUCACACUGUAUUUAAUGUAAAAGACUUAAAGAUAAUUUAAGAGUCAUCAGAUUAUUCAUUUUGGCAAAUUUUCUUAGUUUUUUUCAGAGUAACUAAUACCAGGGCCCACAGUAAAAUUUGUACGUUAGUAAUUUUACACUGGGAAGAACAGGUUCAUUAAGUACUAGUUAGUGCAUAUUAAUUAAUUAAAAGCAUACCUAAAUGAGUGUCAUAAAAAAUGCCCACAGUAAAAAUUUUAGAGGUAGCAAAAUACUAUUUUAUAAUAUGCAGAAUGUUUUUCUGCUAAUUCACACUACCAAAACUUCAUUUUCAAGAAUCAGUUGACUGUCCUAUAUGACCUAACGAAGCAAAAAAUUCUCCAAGUAUUUAGUAGAGCACAUAAAACCAGAUUUCAUAAUGAUAAUCACUUACUAUCUUUUCAGAUAUUUAAUACUUGGACAAAUGAUUUUAUUGUGGUCUGAAAAUGGCUGUUGCUAUCUUAUGUUCUCAAGUACUUGUAUUUUUCAAGUGGGAAGUUCAUAGAUGAUACAAAGUGGAUUUUUGUUCCAGAGUUCACUUGUUAGUGUUUUUCAAAUACCUUAAAUUUGAGAGGAAUAUCUGUGACUGUGAGAAGAUUCAGAAAUAAUCACUGAUCAGUUUUUAAUAUUUUUUAAAAUAUGAUAAUUGGAUUUGAGCAUUAAAUUUGCUAACUGGUUAUUUUCAUAAUUGUUGAGUAUUAAUUUUUCACUUCCUUGAGCCUAUCAAAUGUAUUAUUACCUGAUUGAGGCUUGAAAAAUCCUCACUUGGUUGAUUAGAUCAAGUCUAUCUUUUUAUUCAUUUAAAUUCUCAGUUCAUUAUGGUAUUCUUUCUGACAGUUUUUGCUUCUUUGUACUUACUGCCCUUCUUUAUUUACUUUAUACCUAACUUCUGUUUCAUAACUACUCUCAAUGCCACCAUCACAAGGUUAGUUGGGUGUUAUUAGUGAUUUGAAUUUGUAUCACUUACUAAUAACUUAAUACUUUUAAUUUUAGGUUUCCCUAUGAGAUUAGAAGUAACAGUCUGUCUCAGAAUAAUGCCUGCUGGCUCUCAGGAUAAUUGCCCUAAUUUUUAAAAAUUGUCUACAAUUUUAAACUAAUUCUAGGUAUGGAAUUAUUAAGUGAAAUAAAGUUAUUUGGAUUCCACCACUCCUCCAACCCCUCUUUUCUCAAAAAAAAAAAAAAAAACUCAUUUGCUUCAUUUCUCUACUUCUUUAUAAUAGGCCUGACAGAAACAUACUUAAGAAAACUGGGAACAACCUGUGGUUUCUUUUAUGCUAAAUGUAAUCUCUAUUGAUUUUUAAAAACUGACUUGUGUUUAUAUUUUGAAGUUGAAAUAGAAAUUUAAUACAGAUAUAAGAAAUUUUACAAAUUCUCAUAAGAGAAACCAACUCUAAAACUAGUUUCAGAGUCUGAAUAGUGCUCUGCUUCAAUGCCUUUACCUCUCUAUUUCAGAUUAUGUUAGUAAAAUUUAAAUAAUUUUGCAGGGCCCUGCAAAUUAAUAAUCCAUUUAAACUAUAUCAUUAGAGGGAAACUAAUCUUACUGCUAAGCAGUGUGUUAUAUUACACAGUGAAUGUUUGUGUUUUGGAAUUUUAAAAUUAUGUAAGGUAAUAGUAUCAUGAAUGGUUUAAAAAUGUGUGGUUACUUGCUUAUUUUAAGUGAUCACCGUUAAGUCAGAAAAAUGUAUUUUUAAAUGUUUUUUAAAGUGCCUUUUGAACAUUUUUAAAUAAUGGAUUUAAACAAUUGCAUAAAAUAAAUUACCAUGUUUAAAGCUG